CUGGCCAGCUGCCCUCGUGGAUGCCUCCCGGCGGCGGCGGGCCCAUGACAGACUGCGAGUACAGCCAGAUCAGCACCCACAGCUCCUCCCCCAUGGAGUCGCCCCAUAAGAAGAAGAAAAUCGCAGCCCGCAGAAAAUGGGAGGUUUUCCCGGGCCGAAACAAGUUCUUUUGCAACGGGAGGAUCAUGAUGGCCCGGCAGACCGGCGUCUUCUAUCUGACGCUCGUCCUCAUCCUGGUCACCAGCGGACUCUUCUUCGCCUUCGACUGUCCAUAUCUGGCCGUGAAGAUCACGCCUGCAAUCCCUGUGGUGGGUGGUAUCCUGUUCUUCUUUGUGAUGGGGACCCUGCUCCGCACCAGCUUCAGUGACCCCGGCGUCCUUCCAAGAGCCACACCCGAUGAAGCCGCUGACCUGGAAAGGCAAAUAGAUAUCGCAAACGGCACCAGUUCAGGGGGGUACCGCCCACCUCCCAGAACCAAAGAAGUCAUCAUCAACGGCCAGACCGUGAAACUUAAGUAUUGUUUCACCUGCAAGAUUUUCCGGCCCCCUCGUGCCUCCCAUUGUAGCCUUUGUGAUAACUGCGUAGAACGAUUUGAUCACCACUGUCCCUGGGUAGGCAACUGUGUGGGGAAAAGAAACUACAGAUUUUUUUAUAUGUUUAUUUUAUCUCUGUCUUUUCUGACAGUCUUUAUAUUUGCAUUCGUUAUCACCCACGUCAUUCUUCGUUCGCAACAAACAGGAUUCCUAAAUGCUCUAAAGGACAGUCCUGCAAGUGUGCUGGAGGCCGUGGUGUGCUUCUUCUCCGUCUGGUCUAUUGUUGGUCUCUCAGGUUUCCACACGUACUUGAUCAGCUCCAACCAGACAACAAAUGAAGAUAUUAAAGGAUCUUGGUCAAAUAAAAGAGGUAAAGAAAAUUACAAUCCCUACAGCUACGGAAAUAUCUUUACAAAUUGCUGUGCCGCCCUGUGUGGGCCCAUCUCUCCCAGCCUGAUUGACAGACGAGGGUACAUCCAGCCAGACACGCCGCAGCCAGCAGCGCCCUCAAAUGGCAUCACCAUGUAUGGGGCCACCCAGUCGCAGAGCAACAUGUGUGACCAAGACCAGUGCAUUCAGAGCACCAAAUUCGUUUUACAGGCCGCAGCCACUCCCUUGCUGCAGAGCGAGCCCAGCCUCACCAGCGACGAGCUGCACCUGCCGGGGAAGGCCAGCCUGGGCACACCCUGCACCAGCCUGACACUGGGCCAGCCCACACCGCCCUCCUCCAUGCCCAACCUCUCCUCGGAGGCCGCGCUCACCGGCGUGCUGCCGCUGAAGGAGGAGCCCGUGGGCCACCAGUUCCUGACGCCCGAGGAGGCGCCCUCUCCGCCCCGGAUGCUGGCGGCAGGCAGCCCCCUGGCCCACAGCCGUACCAUGCACACGCUGGGCCUGGCCAGCCAGGACUCUCUGCACGAGGACUCCGUGCGUGGCCUGGUCAAGCUCAGCUCCGUGUGACCCUCCCUCGCCUCCGCUCCGGAGUGACAGGUGGAGGACGCCAGCAGAGGGAUGGCGUGCCAGUGACCUUGCCGUGACUACAAGCUAAGACUCCCACCUGCCAGGUGCAGGCGACAACUCCAGGUCCAGGGCUGAUAGUGACCACUUCAAGAGUAAAAGGAUCUAGGCCUGAUGGCGGGGGACAAAGAGGGGAGGACCCAGAUGCUUCUUACUGGUUUGUUGGAUUGGAAUUUUCUUCCCCACCCUGACCACUUUGAUGAGAAUGAAAAUAGAGAAGGAGCUAUUUUCAGACGUUUUGGAUAUGAAGGGUGGGCAGAGGGAGGGCGGUGCCUCCGGCCGGCAGAAUCCCCAUCUGGAAGUUUAGCUGUUCGCUUCCUUUGUGACAUAGCACGUGAGGUUUAUGACACGUGUAGCCAGAUGGAAAUGCACGUAAGUGUUAUGCUACUAAUACUUGCAAUAGACAAUUGCCAUUCCAUUUGUUAAUUAAAAAAAAAAAAGCCUAAAGGGAAAAAAGAGACCAGCUGGGGGUUUGCAUGCCACACCGCGGUGUGUGCUACAGUGGUGUUGGUAUUCAAAAGGAAAUGCUGCUGUUGUCUUUCUCAUUUUGUGAUUAUCCAAGUGCUGUUUUAUUGGAAGACAGUGCAACGUACCGAGACUAAUGAACGAAGCCAUCGUUUGUCAACUCAUUCAGGUUAAUGAUUCUUGGAGAGGUAGUGCCUGGGCUCCCCAGGGCCACUGGGCGUUGGUCAUAUUUAGUCUCAUUUAACCUUCUGUUUAGAUAAGGUAUUGUGUUGUGCCAUACCCACCACGGAGUCUUCACCUCCUUGUGUGUGGAACUUCCUGUGGACGUCCAAUAAAAUGACCUCCUCUGUGAUUCUGUAUCUGCGUACAGUUCUCCUUAACAGCUUAAAUGAAAACAAUCUGGAUGGCCUGCUAAGAGUUUAUUUUUAGUAAAGUGUCUUGAGCAAGGAAUGACGUCCCUGGGUGGCACAGGCAGCUUCAGAUUGACUGCUAACCUAAAGGUUGGCAGUUCGAACCCACCCAGCAUUGCCACAGAACAAAGUUCUCGUGAUCUACUUCCCUAAAGAUUACAGCCAAGAAAACCCUGUGGAGCUCGGUUCUGCUCUGUAAUGCAUGGGGUCUCACCAUGAGUCUGAACCUACUCGGUGGCAACAGGUUUCAGCAAGAGAUGAGCUGAGAACAACCAAAACUCAAAUCUUUGAAUUGUGGGAUAUCUAAGGGAUGAGUUCUAGAGAAGAGAGGAGCUUUCCGUCAGUCGUUUCUUCAGCCAUCUCUUUUGGAUGCAGUCUUACAGGAAUUUCGUGGAGUCCUGGUGACGAAGAGGUUAAGAGCUCAGGCUGCUAACCAAGAGGUCAGCAGUUUGAGUCCACCAGCCACUCCUUAGAAACCCUGUGGGGCAGCUCUGCUCAGUCCUAGGAGCUCCUAUGAGUCAGAAUCGACUCGACAGUAAAAUGGGUUUAGUUUUUGGUUUGGGGGUGGUGCAAAUGGUUAACAUGCUCAGCCGCUAACUGAAAAGUGAAGUUCAAGUCCACCCAGGGGCACCUCAGAGGAAAGGCCUGGCAAUCUAUUCUGAAAAAAUCAUCCAUUGACAACCCUGUGGAGCACAGUUCUAUUCUGACACACAUGGGGUCGCCUUGAGUCAGGGUUGACUCAACCGCAACUUGUUUUGUUUUCAAGGAAUUUGCCUUACCCGUACUGAUUGCCGCACAGGUAGUGGGAGAGGAUGCUCGGGGAGAAGGGGCACUGUUAAGGCCCCUCUGCCUGUGUUAAUGGGUCACCAGAUCUCAGGAGGGCCACACGAGGUCCUGGUAAAGGUACCAGAGGAGGAGAAACCAACUUAAGAUUUGAGCUGAGACCAUAGGGGUCAGCAUUCGUAGCUAGGCACUAAUCAGAAUAGAAUUAGGAAAAUUACCUCUUCAUUCUUCUGAAUUUAUCAUCUAGAAGGGAACCGGCUUUUAGGGAGUAAGUCAUUUUGGAGGCAGCUGCAGGGGGCUUAGCAGGUCCUUAGAUGAUAAAUGCAGCCGCUAAAUCCACUCAAGUGCAAGAGAACGCACUUGCUCCUUCCUUCCCUGUGAAGGACAAGGUGCAUUGAGCAGGAAGCCUCAGAUGAGUGCAUUUAUGGAAAAAGACUUUCUCCUGAGAAAGAGAUGCAGUUUUAUAUAAAAGGAAAGGAGGAAAAAGGAGGGGGAGGGAAAAGCACAGUUUCAAGUUUUAUUUGGAAUAAAGCCAGCUCUUUGCAGGUCAAAAAACCUGUGCUGAAAAAAACUGCAGAAUUCUUGCAUCAUGAUAUCGCUGAGCCGUCUUUAUUUUCCACGCUGCAUACGUGUCUAGAAAAUGGAACAGGCAACUUGUGAGUGGCCGGGUUUUAUUUUUUGGACCUCCUCAAAACUUGUACCCAAUUGUAACAUCCCACUGAGGGACACAGCCCCUCCUUCCCCCCCACGCACACACACACUCAGGCCCUCAGACACCAACUCCCAGUGACACCUAGUACAGAUAGCCUGAGGGCAAAAGUAACAGACCCUAACUCAUUGCUGUACAGACUCACCAUGUGUCUUCCACAACUUCCCAACCCCCUCUGUGCCUUCCCUACUUCCACCUGCCCCCUAGAGAGGCCCCAAGAGAGGGGUGACUCAGUGGGGUGACCCAAGCCAGGCUCAGUCCUGACUCUGCCAUCAUUCCCAGUUUCUCACCUGGAAAACCAGGACUGUGGGCGUUAAGGGCUUCCAUUUCCAGGAGCUUCUAAUUCAGUGGUUGCUGGCUUCCCAUGGCCAGCCCUUCUUCCGUCUCACUGUGAAAAAAAUCCAAGAAGCAAGGACCAUUAGUCCCUUGUCUUUGCAGAAUGAAUAUUUAAUAUUUAUUAUCGACCCUCACCCCACCCCCAACCUGUGACCCCUGCAUGUAUUUGAAACCAUUUAUCCAAGAGGAAAUUGGGAAUUUUGGUGAAAUGAAGAGAGGCUGUUUAGGGUCAAGAGGGAGAUUAAAUUGAAUGGGCCAAUUUGCUAAGACAGUUAACUGCCAAGACAAUUAAGAACCCAAACCAGAGAGAGGCCCACAGCCCAUGACUGGCUCGGAGAAGAACCAAGAGUCUGAGGAAUGAAGAUCAAUGUGUUCCGGUAGCUUCCUCCUUCCUGUUGUCGGGGGAGAGCUGACCUUGGGGGCACUUGGUGGCAAUGGUUCUGCAUUUCCCAUUAACUGAUGGAUUUUUUAAAAUGUUGAGUGGUCACGUCUAGCUGUGGCGGAGCAGACUUUGAUAUUUCUAUGUCGUGUCCAUGUGCUGCCGGUUGAUUGCACACGGGCUCUAAAGAGUAAGAUAAAUAUUUUACCAUGCUAUUAAAUCCUGGGCCAUUACCAAACACACUCACUCAUUCUGUUGUUUAAAAAUUCAUCUGCUCUCCUGCUCCCAGAACGCUCAAGGGCGCUGGAAGGCUGAGCUCUGUCUGAAUCCCCUGCCGUGAGGACGUAGGCGCAGCCCUGCUUCUGGGGGACACGAUGACAAGUCACUCUGUGCCCUGCAUUUGUGCUGUUUGAGGGGGGACAAUGUUCUUUCAGCUUUCAAGGGCGAGGAUUUCAGCCUGUGAGGUCGAUGCCGUUUCCCCCUGGGCAGAAAAAUGCCAAGGAUCAGUUGUGGUCCUCACACAGCAUAAAGGCAGCGGCUUUCCAUACUUCCCACCUGGGGCCGGCCGUCCGCUCUGUUGUAUGUAGGAUUGCUGCCUGGGGGCCCACGAGAGGCAGACACCAUCUCGUGUGCUGCCUCUGAAGCCCCUUAGUUCUCCAUGCCCAGUGCCUUGGCCACCUCUUCAGCGUCAACAGCAAGAAAGAUGAAUUUGCCAGGAGUGGCCAUAGGUGUCCUGGGCACUGUGGCUUGUGGUGACACCUCCAGGGCCCUUGGCACAGCCUUCCCUGGGGUCCCCAGCCUGCCCACCAAGCAAACACUUCUCUGUAACUUGACUGCCCCCUACUGGAGAGCCUCCUGUAAACCACCCUCUUCAUGCCUGGAACCAAUUGUUUAUCAGCCGGGCUCCUGCUUUCUGAGUUGGUUGAAGGUAGCAGCGGCUCCAGGAAAUCACUAUCGGGAAUAUUUCCAAAGUCGUUUGUCUUUCCUUUAUCCAACUUUAGUCCGGGUGCUUCUUAAUCAGCUAAGAGAAGGGGAAGAAAUAUCAAACAUACUUUUCUGUUUAAUGCCUCACAACUCCUUUGAAGCUGAGCCUAAAUCAAAUCGAUGUUUACAUUUUUUAUUAAAUGCGUAUAAGUUGUGGGAGUCUAGUAUAUUCUUGUCCACGGAAGAGAGACCUUCAAAUGUAUUCUUAUUCCUUCAGGUCCCCGCCACUGCUCUGGAUGUCUGUGUACAGCCUUGUACGUUGUUCUCCACGUGACCGCAUAAAAAACUCCCUCUCAUUAUUUCCCUUAAAGCUGUCACUGUCUUACAAGUUAUCAUUGAAAUAUUAAAUGAGCUGAGCGUCGUUUUCGUUUCAAUAAAUGUCGAAGAUGCUUAUAGUUUUGUACAUCAGCAAACCCUCCGUCAGCUUGCCCCUUGUACAGGGUCCUGCUAAUAUAGCUGAGGUGGAUUUUCAAAUCCAAGUGCUUAGUACAUUAAUCCAGCCAUGAAAAAUAAUUGGGAGAUAGAAGAUUAGACUGUUUUCUGGGUCAACUGAAUUUGCAGCUGCCACAAAACUGGAUAAAUGGCCUCAGCUGGAAUUAUGUUUUGAUCUCAGAAACCCCAGGAAUUACGUACAGAAGGGAUUGGAAAGCAGACGGUGUCUGGUGCUGUUGCCAAGUAUUUUCCUUCCAUCAAGUGCUGAGUUUUUAAAAGACACUUGGUAUUGGUUAUGAAGCUAGGAAUGAACAAUUCUCUUAAUUGCCCUUGCUGCUUUAAAAUGCAUAAACUCAGAGACCAUCUGGCACAGCCAAGGGGGCAGGUUCACUGGGUUCCAUAUGUACAGAGGUAGCUUUAGCCUGUAGUAAGACAUGACUUUGCAACCUUGCUAACCUUUUUCCCAGGGCAUCCUGGAUUGGUAUGUCAAUAGCCAAACAUUUUGGCAUAGAAGAAAAAAAAAAAAGGAUUUGAAAUUCCAAGUGGAUCCAGAUCCCUAAGUCUGAAGAAUGGCGAACGUGUGUACAUAAGAAUGCAUGUUUGCAGAGAUAUGUGUGCUUCUUUAAGUGCCUUUCAUGUUGUAAUCAAUGUUUGCAGGAUUGAUUUUAAACCUGAAAUGAAUGAAGAACGCCUUUUCCCCCUUCAAUAAACACUGCUAACGGUGGCAAGUGUAAAUCUCAGUCUUUAUGAGACGGGCACUGUGUAGGUGAGCAAGGUGUGGGGGUGGACAGAAUUGACGUGCACUCAAUGCUUUUGUACUACGGAGACACCCGUGUGGAAGGCGAUGUGGGUUUUCUGACCCCAGAUACCCAGACUCCUUCCCUACAGCUGUGGUUCUCAAGUUUUCAAUUCACAGAUUGCUUUAUGGUGAUGCAGAACUUCAGACCCUUUAAUCCACUGAUUUUAUAUUCCACCUCCUAACUCACACCCCAUCCGCAUCAAGUGGGGAUUGGGUUUGGCUACUGUUAAUAAAAUCCUCAGAUAACAGUAGCUUAGACAAAAACGUUGUGCAAAAUAAGUCCAGAGGUAGGCAAUGCAGGGUCAGUGUGGUGGCUCCACAAUGUCACCACUCUCCUGGCCUCCUUUCUGCUUUCUGCUCUGCCAUUCUUAGCACUGUUUUUCACCCUCGAGUUUACCUCACGGUCACAGAUAGCUACUGCAGCUCCAGCCAUCAAAUCUGUAUUCCAGGAAGGAAAAGGAGAAGAAAGGGGGAGGAGCAAAAUGAG